GACUCGUUCAGUAAAAGUUGUACCACUGCUUCAUGCUAAAAACUGUAAGAUCGUAACAAAUACAACAGAAGAGUAUAGUUAAAAAGAUCAUCUAUUAGUUAUUCAGGCUAACGUUAGCCGCAUGCAGUUACCUAACGUUACUUAUAACUGCUAACGGCUAUUAAGGCUUAUCUGGCUAGGUUUUGAGGGCUGGUUAAAGCUAAUGUAAGGGGUAAAAGCCGAGCAUUAAUAUUUAUUUAUCUGUGUUUAAAUUUAGUAGUGGUCUUGUCUUACCCUGUGUGAGAAAUGGAGGCAACUCAAAUGAUCAGUGACUCAAUCUUGGAGUCAGAUGAGGAAGAAAAUGAAGAGAAUGAAAACAAGAGGGGACGACCACUGGCUAAACUGUGCAUCUUAAAAAAUGCACACAUCCCUGAGACAGAGUUCCCCCUCUUUUUGGGAAAUAAUGUGCUAGGCCGUGAGCCCAACACCUGUACCCUGUCCUUACAAGCACCCUCAGUAUCCAAGCAACAUGCCACCAUCUGCAUCUCUGUCUACAAGAGAAGAGGUCGUCCCAGUGAAGUGGACGUAGAGGCUCUGGUUUGGGACCUAGGGAGCAUGAAUGGGACCCGCAAGGGCCGCUUAAAGCUGACUCCGAAUGUGCGCUAUGCCCUCAGUGAGGGUGACGGUUUGGUGGUGGCAGACAUCCCAUGUCAGUAUGUCAGUUGUGCUGCAGAUGCAGUUUCUACUCAAGGGGACACGAGGACUCCUGUGAGCAGAAAUUCAGUUGUAAAUGCCAGGAUGCCAGAUGCCUCAGGGGAAAAGGGAGGCAACACAAGCACAGGCAGCAAGAAAUGUGUCAAUGGAGGUACAAAGGCCAGGGCGGCACUACCUGUUCGGGAGGACACUAGGAGGACUCCUGUCAGAGGCGGUUGCCUGUCCUUUGAGCAAACUCCAACACAGCCACAGGGGAGCCUGGUCCCAGAGUCUGACUUGGACUCAGACGGAGAAAGAGGAGACAGACGGCGCAAGGCUCUAGUGUCUGAUUCUGACUCCCAUAAAUUAAGUCCCACCUGCUCGACAUUCCUGAGUCCUGCAAACAAAAUCGUCCCUGAGAGUGAGGAUGAAAGUCCCAUCACACCGUCCUCCUCUUCUAAAAAUAGGCCUCACAGACAUGUCAGCUUCAGCGCGGAGGAGACGGCUGUAGAUGUGGGGCGACAGCAGCUGAAGAAAAAAAAGACAGCUGCGAUUAUGUACGAUAGUGAAGACGAGGAAGAAAUGGGGGAAGAAAGAGCAGCACUAGGUGGGAGGACGUCUGAGGGAAGUGGACAACAUGUGUCAGAGAAACAGGAAGGCAAUGUCAGUCUCACAGGAGAAGAUGAAUUGCCUGAACCCACACCAUCAGUCUUCAAAGAUGCGAUCCCUGCAUUUAACAUGGACAGUGACACUGAUGUGGAGGGAGAGGAGGAAGGUGUGGCAUCUGCAGGUCCUGUGACCUUGAAUACAAACCAACAAGCUGAUCAGCAGCCAAACACAGCCCAGUUUCACAUGGACAGUGAUACAGAUGUCGAUGACGAUGAUGCCUUGGACAAAGUUCCUAAAUCUGUGCCUUCCUCUACUGACCAAACCAAACCUCCUCAUGAUGUGUCCGUUAUUCAGCCAGAGGGCAUCACUAUGGACAGUGACACUGAUGUGGAUGAUGAUGAUGCUGCCGUGUCAGAUGGUGCUGCAAAAGCAAAAGCAGCAUCACUUCAAAGCACACCCACAGCUGACUCUGCUUCUUCAACACAGCCGAAAGAUUUCCACCUUGACAGUGACACAGACGUUGAUGAGGAAGAAGAAGAGGAACAUGGAGCAAAUAAUACGUGCCCUAAAACAGAUGAAACUCCCAGUAGAUUAGAUAUCAAGCCUACUGGGCCUGAGCCUGCCCCUGCUGCACCUCACAGCAUGCAUUUAGAUAGUGACACAGAUGAUGAAGCUGUUCCUGCCCCUGCCAGCAGUGAACCCUCAGUGGCGUCUGCAGUCACAGAAUCACGCACCACUGCAGACACAGAAACAGGUCUUGGUAUUUUGUCAGACAGCGACACAGAUGUGGAAGCCGAAUCUCCUCUCGUCAUACCUGUUGCUGUCUCAACAUUGUCAGAUGGUACUGAUACCAAGUUAGAAGCUUUUCAGUCUGAUACUGAUGCAGACACAGAUGCUGAUGAAUCCAGUGUGCCCCCUGCUGGACAUGGAGUCAAUCCAGCUGACAUUAAAGUGAGCAGUGGCACAGAUGUGGAUGAUAAGGAAGUGGAGGAUCAGAUUCCUAAUCUGUGCAGAGAAAAUACACCUGGGUUGCUGACUCCUCUUCUGCAGAACUGCUCUACUCCUGUACAGAUGACAGAAGGAGAGGUAGAAGAUAUGCAGACACAGGCUUUUGUGAGUCCUUCCUCUGGUGCAUUUAGACUUCCCCCUGCUCUAAGACCUAUGGGGUUGUCUCCCUGCUCAGACAGCCAGGAGGAUGAAGACUUUGUCGUGGCCGAGACGCAGUCCUUUGUUCUCCAGGACAACCCCCCCAAGGAACACACGAUGGACCACACCCAAGCCUUUGGCCUUGAGUCCUCUGUUGAUGACAGAAGCAAACAGUCCAGCAGAUCUUUCCAGUUGGGGCUGUCUGACAGCAGCCACCUGCAGGAUCAGGCCCAAGCUCUAGCUGCAGAAAGCACCCAAGCUUUUGUUUCUGAGGCGGGCGGUGCAAAUCUGGAACAAACCCAAGCAUAUGCAGAUAGAAACUCCUUAGAGAACGAGGCUACACAGGCUUAUGGCGAGGAUCAGGAAGCUGACAAAUGUUUAGUAAAGGAAGGUCAGGUAGAUUUGGCCCUAGAAGCAACUCAGGCAUAUAUUUCAGAGCCCCACAGUUUCUCAGAGGACGAAACAGAUGAAGACGAGAGAAAACACGUUGCUACUUUUGAGACUCAGCAGUUUCCCACCUCAUCUACUCUCGCAAUGGCUCAAACCCAACCGAUGUCUGCCUUUGAGGAGGAAGAAGAGAGUUUGGAUGAAGAAAAUCCAAUUUCCUCUGUAUUACAAGUUAAGCCCAGCCCACAUAAUGAAAAAGAAGAGAGGGAAGAACAUGAAGAUGCAGCUCAACCUCAGAAGGCGCACCUCAAUGACGCUCUGUCUGUAGCUGCAACUCAGCCCAUGUGUAUUAGUGACGAUGAGGAAAGUGAUGAUGAGGACUUGAUUGCAGGUCCACGAAAAAGAAAAGCAAAGCCACUGCAGCUUGAAGAUACGCAGACACAAGAGCUCACAAACUCUGAGUUAUCACAUGUUGAAAUCCAGCCCAUGCACAUGGGGGUAGCUGAAACUCAGCCCAUGGCUGCAAGUGGAAAUGAGGAAAGUGAUGAUGAGGACUCGAUUCCAGGUCCUCUAAAAAGAAAAGUAAAGCAACUGCGGAUUGAAGAUGAGCAGACACAAACAUCCACAAACUCUGAGCUCUCUGCCGUUGCAUCUCAGCCAAGGGAUACGGGUGAAGAUGGAGAAAGUGAUGAUGAGGACUCAAUUCCAGGUCCACGUAAAAGGAGAGCAAAAGCACUGCAACUUGAGGAGACACAGCCCCUCUCUGGUUCUGAAGUCUCUGCCGUUGAAACUCAGCCCAUGGUUGUGGGUGAAAACAGAGAAAGUGAUGAUGAGGACUCGAUUCCAAUUCCACCAAAAAGAAGAGCAAAACCACUGCAAAUCCAAGAAGAAGAGACACAGCCGCUCUCGCCUGUUGAAACUCAGCCCAUGGAAAUAAAAACUAGUGUGCGGCCUCAGAGAGGAAAGGAGAGACAGUCAGAAGUUGGAACCAGCGGCACCACAGUAAAAGGUAAAAGAGGGACACGAUUAAGAGAUGAGGAGGAGCAGGAAGAGUGUUCUGAACCUCCCAGAAGACAGACAAGGGGGAAGAAUAAAGCUUUGCCCACUACCAGAGGAAGGAGGGGAAGAUCGAGGCCUGAUGAGCAGGAGAGUGAGGAAGAGGAGGAGGUAGAGCCGGCAAAACAAGCCAGAGGGAAAAAAUCCACAAGACAACAGAAAGAUAACAAGGAAGAGGAAGAAAAGCUUGCAAGAAACAAACAGGCUGAAAAUAACAACCUAAUAAAGGAACAAGAAAAACAGAGGGAAGAACGAGACAAAUUAGAAAGAAAAGAGAAGGAAGAGCAAGAAAGAUUGCAGGCUGAAAAUGCAGAAAGGACGAGACUUGAGCAGGAGAGAGCAGAAAAAGAGAGAAUAGAGGGGGAAAGAAGGGAAAAGGAAGAAAAGAAAAGAGCUGAGAGGGCGCAAAAGGAAAAAGAAGAACAAUUGGAGAAGGAAAAAAAGGAGAAGGAAGAAAAAGAAAGAUUGGAGCGUGAAAAGGCAGAAAGAGAAGAGAAGGAGAGAUUGGAGAGAGAAGAAAAAGAGAGACUAGAGAAAGAAAGAAAAGAGAAGGAGGAAAAAGAAAGAUUAGAGCGUGAAAAGGCAGAAAAAGAAGAGAAGGAGAGAUUGGAGAAGGAAGAAAAAGAGAGACUAGAGAAAGAAAGAAAGGAGAAGGAGGAAAAAGAAAGAUUAGAAUUGGAGAAAGAAAAACAAGAAAAAGAAGCCAAAGAAAAACAUGUAAAAGAGCAACAAGAAAACAAGGAAGAAGAAAACAAGCCCAAAACACCCACAAGAAGCCGAAGAGCAACUAGAAGAACAACUGCUGCCCUGUGCACAGGAGAGAGAGAACAAGACUCGACAACUGCCAGUGAUGAUGUCCCAGCGCGGAGGACCAGAUCUCGCUCCAACUCUUCCAAUUCUGUCAGCUCUGAGAGGUCUGCUUCGAGUGUUAGCACCCAGGGGAGCAGAGGGAGAGGCCGAGGCCGAGGAGCAAAGAGGACCAGUGAGCCACCCCAGACGGCCAUCGCCAGGAGCAGCAAUGGAAGGACAGCGGCUGCAGGGCCGACAGAGCAGGAUGUUUCUCCUCAGGGAGUCCUUUCGAGAUCCAGCUCCACCAACUCCCUUAACUCUGAGAUUUCCAGCUGCAACCUGAGCUCUCAGAGAGGAGGAAGAGGUGGAAGAGGAGGCCGGCAGCGAGGAAGAGGGAGGAAAACAGAGGCAGAGCCAGAUUCCAUCCCUUCUAUUCAGAGUCAAAAUGACCAGAAUUUGGCCUCUAAACCUACAGCUAGAGGCAGGAAGAGCAGGAAAGCAGAAGAAUCUGCUAGUGAGGUUCCCCAUGAGGGUGAGAAAGAACAGACAGACUCUCAGCAGGCUAGUACCACAAGAGGGCGACGGCAAGCCAAUGCUAACACUCCUGAACCUGCUGCAGAUAAGGAGGACUCUUCUAAUCAGGCCUGUGCCAGUGAAGAAUCACCCCUGUCUAAAAAGAAUAUCAGGGGCAGAGGCCAAAAAGCAGUUAAGAGUGAAACUGUGGAGGCACCAGUAGCUCCUGCUGUCAGUGAUAGAGAUGAGGCUAAAGAGACAAGAAAGGGAAGAAAAAGAGAGUUGGAGGCAAAUACAGAGGAGAGUUCUGGCUCCAGAGUUUCAAAAGGGAAGGAGAAAAGUCAAACAAAAGAGGCAGCAGAAGAAGAGGCUAAAGAUGACAUUCCAGUCCAAGCUAAGAGAAAAGGCAGAGCAUCCACCGCUCAAGCUAAGAAAGAUGCAAAUGAUUCCCCCACUGAAGUGGGGGAGAGAGAAGAACGUGAGAAAAUGGGGGAGACUGUGGAGAGGAGAGGCAGAGGUCGGACAUCUGUGGUUCAAAAAAAGAAGAAAGAGGAGCAGGAAGAAAGUGGAUCAUCUGUUGAUCAGGAUCCACAUGUGGAUGCUUCAAAGCACCAGACUCCCACCAGCAGUGCAUCCCGGAAGCGACAGGCUCCUGCAGACUCAUCACCUUUGGCAAAGACCCCUCGUUCCUCCUCGGCCUCCCCGGCAACAAGCAUUCGAUUACGAGCUGCCAGCCAGUCCUACAAGGUGCUGUUCACGGGCGUGGUGGAUGAAGAAGGAGAGAGAGUGUUGGCUCGUUUGGGAGGCUACAUGGCUAAAGGUGUGGCAGAUAUGAACUGUCUGGUGACUGAUAAGGUGCGCAGGACUGUCAAGUUCCUGUGUGCAGUGGCUAAAGGAGUCCCCAUUGUCACCACACAAUGGCUGGACAAGAGUGGUAUCGCUGGGAGCUUCCUGCCUCCUAAUCUCUUCGUUGUAAAGGAUCCGGAGCAGGAGAAGAAAUUCAAUUUCUGCCUGCAGGACUCUCUAUGUACUGCCAGCAGUCAGCCUCUCCUACAGGGGUAUGAGAUCCAUGUUACAAAGUCAGUGAAACCAGAGCCAGUUCACAUGAAAGACAUCAUCUCCUGCAGUGGAGCCACUUUUUUACCAAAAAUGCCUUCUACUCACAAGCCCCAGACUUUAGUGAUUUCCUGCGAGGAUGACUGGCCGCUGUGUGGCCCGGCUCUUGCUGCAUCUCUGCCAGUUGUCACAGCUGAGUUCAUUCUCACAGGGAUCCUUCAGCAGAAAGUUGACCUUCAGACCCACACACUCUCUGCCCCUGCAAAUACUCUACAGUUGGCUGGAGGCAAGGGAAGGAGCAGGAAGAAGACUUAGCACCACCAGGGUUUACUAUUAAAAAAAAAAACCUCCAUCAACUGUACGUGUAGGAAAUCCACCAUGGUGGGGUUUUUGUAUCUCACAGAGGCCAGUAGAAACACGAAUGAGUCCGCUGUUCAUUUGUAUAUAGGCCCUUUUAUACCUGGUAUUAACAUGCCACUUGGGUGAUCUGGUCACAAGUGGAUGGCGCUAAAUACAAACGUAAAUGAAGACCAAGAGCAGUGUAAACUCUAAUGCAUCCUGAUGCAUCCCUGACAAAGACUACGUCAUCAUUGCAAGACAUGGCUGUUGAUUUAUUGACGGUGUGCUAACCCUCUUUAAAUUGCCAAGUUGGACAACAGUGUUGCAUAACCGUCCAUUGUUUUGCCCCAUGGAAGAAGAUGCAGGUUUUUCACACAUUCAUUUACCUGUGACGGCCCGCCAUGAUCAAAAAAUCUGCCAACACAAAUUGAUUUUCUACUUCAAGAGGUGGACUGUUCAGGGGCGCUGUUGGAAUAAAGGCACCGUUUGGUUAUGCAUUGCACCUAACUGUCAGAGCACAGAGUGUACUUAAAAUGUGCUUUCACUUGCCUCUGCAGCAGGUGCUCCUCUCACCCAUUGAUCUCAUCAACUCUGACUGGAUGGAUGAAUUCAUAAUCCAGCCCCCGAUUCAAACUCCUCCAACUGCUGCUGAGGAAAAAAGGAUUUCAUGAACAGUGCAUUCACUGACUUGCAAAAAUGUCUGAAUUUAGAGAGGGGGCACAGAAAAUUAAACAACACAACACAGAAGUGGUCAGCUGGAAAAACAUGACAGACAGGUGUGACAUAUGAUGUGUCUUAGCUGUCCACUUGUGUUCAGAUCACCAAAAGUGCAUGUUAACACCAGGUAUAAGCAAGCUGAAAGACUAGAUGAAUGUAUUUGCCACAAGCGGCAAAAGUUUAUUAUUCAUUUAACACAUUGUGGCUAUAGAAUUGGUGCAGCUGUCAAAUGGUGAAAAACUUUUGCGAUGGAAAAAACAAAAUUUGAGAAACUUACCAAGAAGUGUCUCAAAUUUUUCACAUUUCAAAAAUCUAUUCACAGUGUGAUCUUUACUUCCAAUCUCACCUUUUGACUUGUACAUGUGGAAAAAAAUGUAGUUUUUAAAGUUGCAAAAGUUAUGACGCUGCUAUGCCUGGUGAGAAUUAAUUACCCAUCAACCAUCCUUGCCACUUUCUCCCUCUCAUCCUCUCUCUGUGCUCCAGCUCCACCCCUCUCUUUAUACAACGAUAACAAGCAGAGCAGGAAUUAACACAGCGAAAUUGCUGCUGCUCUCUAUGCAUUCUGAGUGCUUCGGCUCAAUCAGCCAGUUUGGCAGGUACCCAGCCGAGAAGUGGGAGUUGUAUAAUCAUGUUUGGGUGGUGGAAUAGUGGAACCCAUGGGGGGGUCUGUUUAGAAAUACAUCAGGUGCGGUGGCCAGGGGAUGAAAACGAGCUUGUUUCAUCUCCUGAUGAAAAGUGCAUUAUGCCUUUUUAUACUGAGUUAAUCAUGAACCUACCAGUAUGUCUUGUCUCCAUUAACCUCCAACUCCAUUAAGGCUUCAUCCAAUCCUAUUACCUCCAGGGAUGAAACACAAUAUGAGGGUACCUGAAUGCUGAUGCUUCUCCUACGUCAGUAUCUUACAACCAUGCUUUAAUAGCAUCUACCGUUUAUGUUUGUGUACAUGUUGUAUUGAAAGAGACCAGAAUCCUCAGUUGACAGUGACAGUGAAUCUUUAAACUUGCUGCAUCAUUUGGUGUUUUAAAGAAGGACCUAUUAGCUUAUAUCUUAGUUAGAUUUUAGAACUGUCAGAUAGCUAAUAUUUCAACACCAAGUUUGUUUUUGUAUGAAAAUCACGAUAUCUGUCCGUCUAACCAAUGAAAACAUUAAAUCUUUCCUAUUAUGUUUCA